UUCAAAGGUCCUACAAAUAAAUGUCUUUCAGAAAAAAGUGGCGAGUCUCUUCAAACAGUUUUUGAGAGAAAUGUCCAGGAAGCCAUUGACAAUUAUACUUGUGAAACAGUUUUAUCACCUUCCAGUGGUCAUACAACACCUACAGCCUUGAAAAAUUCUUGGUCUGGAAUAAAGAGCUACACUAGUGGUUUGUCUACUGAAAGAAGUUCACUUUACUCUUGGAGGGAUGAUGAAUUUGAUAAGGCCAACACACAGAGAGUGCAUCAGUUGUUUUGGGACAUUGAUGAAAUGCUGUUUGAAGGAAAAGUGACCUCGCAAACGGUGAGCCUGCAAGCGGAAUGCGCAGACUGGGUUGAACAAUCCCUUCAUCUAAGAGUUCUGGGAAAGCAGCUCCUAUUACCAAAGGAUGAAGGCUUUCAGUAUUUUCAGAGCAGCAGUGAUAGCUCUGUGGCCACUAAGGUUUUACCUGGUCUCCGUGAAUAUACUGGUGAUAUCAAAGAGCUCUGUAUUUCAGGCUCUAAAUUGGUCCCAGCAGCAUCUCCUGUUCAUAAUGCAGUAGAUUCCAGUUCCACUAGGGCCUCUGACCCUUCCAGAUACUUAUUCCUGGAAGAAGAAAUCUAUGACGUGGAUGGAAAAAUAGAAGAGUAUCUUGCCUUUGACAAUAAAGAGCUUGAUGAUGAGAGUUUGGAACAAAAGAAAAUGCAUCUUGCUGAGAAGAGCAAACGUGGCAUUCCCCCUGUGUCUCCUCAUGCCUGUAUCAAAGAUGCAGUAACUUCUGAAGUAUUUGAUCAUAUCUGGAGCAAUGUGAUUGAAAUAUUGGAGGAGCUGAUUAAAAAAAACUGGGAAACUAAUAUCACAGAAAGUAACAAACAGGCGGAAAAACUGAAAGCUGUUACAGCUAAAGUGCCCCGUUUGCCAGCUGCUUGUGUGACAGCGGGUGCGGGGAGCGUCCCUCUGCCCAGGAGCUCUGAAGCACGAGGCGGAUCUUACGCUCCCCAUUUUGUUUCAUCACAGGUUCACCGUUUCUCCAGCAAAUUUUGUAGUGAUUUGAAUGGGGUUAUGACAAUUCAAGCAAAACCACUCCAACAGAGGCAUGCGACCACAGUAGAAAAAAUACGGAAUGAGCAAGAAAAACUACAUAGUAGUGGCUGCAAUGUGACAAACUUAGUGCGCACUAAACUGGGGAGAAUUGCUGAUAAGAGGCUUCUGUCAUCCUCUCGGGUACAGCUGGCAUCUUCUAGGAAGCUACCAAGCCAUUGUAGGUUACCUUCUCUCACUUCUGACCAACCCUCCUCAAAAGCUCCUAACAUGUACAAUGACGAAACCCUUAGGGGGACUAAAUUCAUCAACUCUGCUAUGUGUAUAGCAGAGUUUCAAGUGCAGUACCUGGCAGUACCGUGCAACAGCCACUCAGGGAACGAACUGUUACCAUCGAGCAAUUCUCUAGGCCAACACAACACAGACAUUCAGGGCUCACAGCAUUAUUACAAAUCCUUUCAGAGAAAUCCUCCAACCUCAAGGAAGAGAUUUCAGGUUGCUUCUUAACUCGGCUUAGAAAGAAACAGAAAAUCCCUGCACUGAUGGAGUGCUGAAGUACCUAAUUUACCAGCUAACAUCUUCU